AUGAGAGACUUUGCGCGCAUCUCGUCGCAUCUCCAACCUUCUGUCGCCAACUCGUUGCAUUUGUCGCUGCGCUACUCCACCAUGGUCAAGGUCAACCACAAGCAGGCUGCUUUGGACUUUCUGUCCUUUGUCAACGCCUCUCCGACUCCUUUCCAUGCCGUCAAGUCUAGUAAGGAAUUGCUCGCUGCUGCUGGCUUUGAACAGAUUCGAGAAAAAGAUCCGUGGGCAUCAAGUCUCCAGCCCGGCGGAAAGUACUAUCUUACUCGCAAUGGGUCUACCCUAAUUGCGUUUGCCAUUGGCAAGAAAUGGAAGCCUGGCAACUCUGUCGCCAUGAUUGGAGCCCACACCGACUCGCCUGUUCUCAGGAUCAAGCCUGUCAGUAAAAAACAGGGUGAAGGGUUCCUCCAAGUCGGAGUUGAGACAUACGGAGGCGGCAUUUGGCAUACCUGGUUUGACCGAGAUCUGGGGGUUGCUGGACGUGUCAUGGUACGCGCGGCGGAUGGAAGCAUUCAGCAGAAACUGGUCAAGGUUGACCGACCAAUCCUUCGCAUCCCCACUUUGGCUAUUCAUCUGGAACGCAAGGAGUCAUUUGACUUCAACAAGGAAACCCAGCUUUUCCCUAUUGCCGGCCUUGUCGAGGCUGAAUUGAACAAGACUAAAGAUCAGAAUGCUGAGUCGACCACGACGACCCCGUUGAAACCAUUGACGGAUCGUCAUCACCCUUUCAUUGUCGAACUAAUUGCAUCCGAACUCGAGGCCCAGCCAGCUGAUAUCCUCGACUUUGAGCUGAUCCUCUUCGACACGCAAAAGUCAUGUCUCGGCGGAAUCUCGGAGGAGUUCAUUUUCUCUCCGCGUCUGGACAACCUCAACAUGUCCUUCUGCGCUGUGCAGGGACUGAUUGAAUCCGUCCGCUCGCCCAAAGCUCUAGACAACGAAAGCGCCAUCCGACUAAUUGCGCUAUUCGACCAUGAGGAAAUCGGAAGCAAGAGUGCACAUGGCGCAGACUCCGAUGCUCUGCCGGCUGUGCUUCGGCGUCUUUCCGUGCUACCGGCCAAAUCAGACGGUGAGAGCAACUCAUCAAUUGACCUCGCUACCGCCUACGAGCAAAGCCUUACAACCUCUUUCCUCGUGUCCGCCGACAUGGCACACAGCAUCAACCCCAACUACAGCGCCAAGUACGAAUCAGACCACAAACCACAUAUCAACAAGGGCCCCGUUAUCAAAAUCAACGCCAACCAGCGCUACGCCACCAACUCACCCGGCAUCGUCCUGCUGCAGGAAGUCGCGCAAAAGGCGGCCGAGGAUGGUGGCGAUGUCGUGCCUCUGCAGUUGUUUGUGGUUCGCAACGAUUCGUCCUGCGGUAGCACGAUUGGACCCAUGUUGUCGGCCAACUUGGGCGCGAGAACACUUGACCUGGGAAACCCGCAGUUGAGUAUGCAUAGUAUUCGCGAGACGGGUGGCACGGAGGAUGUGGGACAUGCUGUGCGGCUGUUUGCGAGCUUCUUUGAGCACUAUUCUACGCUGUCGCCUAGCAUUCUUGUCGAUUAG